UACGCGCGUGGUUCGUGGAUCGGCGCCGCUGUUGUCCGGGCUGGGAGAGCAGCGAUGACGCGCGCAGUAGUACAUCCGUAGCUACGGUCAGACGAGCUUGGUGGCGAAGAGCGAGCGCGGGCGGACGGUUGUUUUUCUUUUGUUGUUUAUCAAAACUCGGGUCGGUGGUGUUUUUUGUGGUGCGACCAAGUGUGGGUGGACCGAGAAGGCGACAGGAGCUGGAGAUCGGUGCUUGUCGAUUUUUGGUGUUCGGGAGUGCACGUGCCGGUGCGCGUUGUGAGUGACGAUAUGGGGUGCAACACGAGCAAGGAGAGCGUGCAGCAGGCUGUCGAGGAGGCGAAGGAAGACGUCAAAGGAAUGGCCAAAGAUAUCGUGCGGGAUCUCCUGAAGGACGAAAGUGCAAAGGAGGAACCCAAGAACGGUGACGUUCCGAAGUCGGUGGACACCGCACCAGCCGCUGAGGAGUCUACGCCAGCGGACAGCGCGAAAGAGGAAGCAAAGGACUCCGCGAGCCAGGAGGAGGACGAUAAGAGCAAAGAGGAGGAAGCAGCGACGCGGAUACAGGCGGCGUUCCGUGGACACCAUACGAGGAAGAACCUCAAGGAGACCGAGCCCGAGACCGCCCGGGAAGAGCAGCAGGAGACACCGCUCUCCAUCAAGGAUAAGCUAAAACAGGAGGUGCAGGGGGAGGUCAAAGAGCUGUGUGGCGUAGCGUCGAAAGCCCAGGAGUCUUUGCGGGAACACAUGUCGAAAAAGGUCGAGCAGGCGGCUGGCGCCGCUAAGGAGCUGGUGGAGAAGGUCGAGGAGAAGGUGUCCGACACGGUGGACGAGCUGGAGGGGAUCGACCUCUCGGACCCGGACCUGCACAAGGCCGCAACGAAGAUCCAGGCGAGCUUCCGCGGCCACAAGGUCCGCCAGGAGGUCCCGAUCCCCAACGUGGACGAGAAAAAGUAAGGCCCGUCGACGCGGCGGGACAUGGCGACCGUCGUCCACGGACACAUCGCCGAGUAACAACACGGGGCGCCGAGCGCAAGCUGCACCCUAUACGCUCACACACAUUCCAGGACGCCAUGCGUACAAAGAGAUAGACCAGACGGAAAUCGAUAAAACUAUAUACACUCACGUUUUCACUCGAGCGCGCGUGUGUGUGUGAGAUUUUGCUCGUUAUUAUAUAUAUAUAUAUAUAUACGUCGUAUGAUAUGUAUAGCACGUAGACGCGAAGAGGCGCGCGAAUUUGCACUUUAUUCUUUUUUCUUUUGUAAUAAAAUCAAUUUUCACUUCCACGCCAUUGCGUUCGACGGGAAUCGAUAGGGUGGACGGGGGAGCGAGGCUUGAGGGCUAGUCGUGCGCAAGUUGGUACGGGUCAUACUAUAUUAUCUGUAAUUAUUCGAUCCAAUCAGUAAACAGCUGUGAAUACGAAAUUUUUACGGGAAUGAAAUGCUAACAACAUUAAUAUCAGAUGUGGUAGCGAAUAUUGUUGCGCUUUAAUGCGUCGUGAUGCGAGUGUUUUGGAAAAGUACAUGGCACCUGCUGCAUUUCGGGCAACGAUGAUGGGUACUGGUGCGGUUGAGUACAUCAAUAUCGAGAAUAUAGUGUGGCGGAUAAAGUGAAUGAAAAAGGAAAGAGUUUGUUUUUUUUUUUUUUUUCUCUUCAUUUUCCGAUGAAAACACGCAUUACCUGUUAAUCGAUGCGCUCACUCGGCGGAAAACCAAAGCAACGCCCACAGUAAAACAUUAAAAGUACCUAAAACAAAAAAGAAAUGCGUGUACCUGCGUGUUUUUGCGAUUCGACUUGUACGAUAACAUCUCAACAAUAUGCUUACGCAUACAUGAUAUGCACAUAAAAAUAUAAAUAGGUAAUACAUGGUAUAAUUAUACUAUAAAAGAAAAAAAAAUAUAUAUAUAUAUAGAUGAUAUAGCGAAGUGACACAUGCGAAAGCUGUACGCGAAAAGGGAACAAUUUUCUUUCUCCGCCUGCCCUCAACCUUAUCCCAUGGACGCAUCCUAUCGUUUCCACUUUCUCUCUCUUCUUUCGCCACUUAAAUAUAAAUUAUAGACGCCUUCGAUGUAUGGAAAAAAAAAAAAAAAAAAAUCAUCACCGAGAGUUUGGAAAGGCUUCAGAGUCGAGUUGGAAUGUGAAGCUAGUAUCCGCUGGUGAUGCAUUCGAUACGCGUUGUGUUUAAUUUGUUCGGCGCAAAGACAUCCGUGUAAUCGAAUUUCUGUCGCAAGACGCGAACUUUACCAAGGAAAAAAAAAAAAAAAAAAACACGAUUCAACUCAUUUUUCACGUGUUUAACAUCUUCGCUGAAAAAAAAGCACGAGGUAUUUGUCGCAUGAGUUGUUCAUCGAAGGCGAAGGUAUUGUAAUUAUUAUUGUUAUUAUUUGUAUUGUUAUCAUUAUUAGAUUCAGUAGGUUAACGAUGAUCAAGUCAAUUUACGGAGAUUUCAGUCGAUGUAUUACUAUUAUAAAAUGACAAAAGUUAAAACUCAAAUUUUAAUAUAAUAUAUUAUAUACACGUAUAAAUAUAUUUAUCGAUACGUCGCGGAAAAGUCGUGCGAUUAAUCUCUAGAGAAUUUUCGAAAUAAUAUGCUUAUGAAUUUUUUAUCGAGUAACAAAAAAGUGACGAAUCAACCGUACCGAUAAAAGGAUUAGAGACGCCUGCAGUCGAGAAUGGAUGUUAAAGAAUUUUCGUUCCACUCCAAAGUUGAUUACCAAAUUAAAAGUGCAGCAUGGAAUAAAUUUAUCUUUUUUCGGAGAAAAAGAAAAGUUGACCAAUGAUUUUUCCAUUAAAAUUAAUAAAAAACGAAAAGUAAAAGAAAUUGUAUGGUACACUAAACUCCUCUUGCACAAGGAAGCAUAAAAGUCCCGGUUUUUACGAUCCUCCGUUCCGCGCAAAUCAAAGGUUUCCUAGACUAAGCGCAAAAAAGCUCAUCCAUAUACGUUUCAAUUUGCCGCCACAAAUAGACAGAAGCCCCCCCCCCCCCAUUACAGUAAAAAGCCUCACGCGACGCUGGACAAACAUCCUCGAACCUCCUUAAAAAACGUCAUGUCCGAGAAAAAAGGCGCGGACACGAAUAACACAUGAUGAUAAUCUACCUUCAAAAGUCUCGUGAUGAUUUUAAAGUUUUCAAAACGGACCGAUGAUUGUGGGCGAAAGGGGACCCCAUGGAAUUGCAGAAGCCCACGUGGUGAUAAUUUUAGGAAGGAUAAGAAAAAGGACGAGAGGCUGAUUGAAUCCGUAUCGCGAACGACAAAACUGAUUAGGGAUAUGGCGUCUGUGAGUGUCUGCUGCAUCUGGCCGUAAAAAAAAUCAGCUAUUGUUUGGAAAAAAAAAAGUUAUAAUAAUAAUCGAGUGAUCGUUUUAUUCUACGUUUGUUCUUUUUGUGCGAGAUAAAUAUGUCUCUGUUGAAGCGAAGCACUCUUAUACAUAACGCAAGUGUGUGAUCAGACUUGGGCACAACUUUUUACAGAUUUUAAAACAUUAAAAGUUUUUGGGUAGAAAUUUUUUGCUAAAUUACUGUACUCAUAUUACAAUAUUAAAAAAAAAAUUUCGAGCAGAACGCAAUGCGAUAUGUUUUUCGGAAAAUCAUGGUAUUUUUUUUCAGUUUUUUUGUCUCCUCUAAAAUACAACGCGUUACUUUUCCUGGUAAAAAUUUUGACAAAUACUCUGCUACAAGUAAUAAAAAAUAAAGUUUGUCAUUACAGAGGAUUCAUUACAUUUCGAGAAAAUACAUUGUAACGCAGGGCAAUUGAAAAACAAUACAUGCCCAAGUCUGCGUGUGAUAUAUACAUAUACCUUCAACCACGAGUAAUAAUAGUCCGUAGCUGUUACCUCACGAAUUUUCUGAUUGGCUUGUGACAACUUGUCGGCGAGCAUUUACUUGUACUUUUAAACCUCGAAGCAUCAGUUUCCUCGUGCGAUGAGCGAAAUUAUUCUCACAAAAAUCACACAAUAAUUUGCGCAGUGAAAAUCGGACCAAAGAAACAAAAUAAACAAAUAAAAGUACACGCGGCUCGCGGGGUUUUGUAAGUAGAGCGAGUGACAUUCCGAGUAAUUUUAAUUAAAAACCAGUUACUGCAUGAGACGUUACCCCUCCCUCACCCCCUUUUUUUUCGUUGCUUCGACAAAUUCCGCGUUUAAAAAAAAAAACGCUCGAGGGCGCAGCACGUGAAAAUGAAAAAAAAAGACGAACCGUAUUCCCGAGGAUUCACUUUUCGUUCUGGCGACUGGAAAAACCACCGGCAAGGAAGAAAGGAGAAAAAUCUUCUCGAAUUUCAGAGGCACUUUCGGAAAUUAAAAAAAAAAAAAUCUCUACCGUUCCGUGCUUCGGGUAUACGUAUUUACGCUCUGUGCUGCGGACGGUAAUGAUUUUCAAGGCCGGUGCCGCUUCUUGGGCGCGUCAAGUUGUCGGGAGCUUGUUUUUAGCGGGCCUAAAAACUGCAUGCACUUGAAAAAAAAAAAAAAAAUAAAAUAAAAUAAAUAAAUAAAAAAUAAAGGAAAAAAUAAAGUAAUGUUAUAAAAACAAGAAAAAAAAAACCCAAGCCAGCCACUCUUACAAUAUUUAACGACAUAAUACAUGCAUAAUAUACAAACGGAGCCAAAGUUAAACCAAAUACUUUUCCACUUGAGUGUACGACCAAUGGUGCAAACGCAGCCACAUGACUCCAAUACCGUACGAAAAUAUUACACAUCACGGUGCUCCAUAAAUUUCCCACACACCAGUCCCCCUCCGAAUAAUCAUGCAGCGCGAUGAUUCCCCAUCCGAUAGCCUUCGUCUCGAGGUAUUAAUAGAUUCGGGAAAAAAGGGAAGGCCAAAGGUACGCGUUUCCACCCCUGAGGUACAACGUGAGCUCGAUGCGCUUUAGUAACGAAAAACGUCACGUCGAGCUAACAAAUCCACCGGCCCCUUAUACUUUUUGCCCGCCGCGUCUCUUCUUCGGAUCCUCUUAUCCACCGUUCGAGCCGCGAGAGUCGGAGCUGCACGACUAAAUUGACGUCAAUCCCCCCCCCCCCCCCCCCUCAUGUCCCUUUCGGCUUUGCUUUUACGUCCACUGCCCGUCAUAUAGCUGCUCUGGUGUGCACCUGUGCUGAAAAAAGCUCUAAAAGCUUUUCCCAUUUUUUCCCCCCUCCCUAUUUAUUUUCUCCAAGGUGAAACGAGAAAACUGGAAUGUAGGAUAUGGACACGAAAAGGGUGUUGAAGAUGAAAAUUGCAAAAAGCAUUGUACUCCGCAUCGAAAACCGUAUUGGAUUGGCGUGGACUUUUCGUUACUCCACGAGGUAAAUGUCAAACUGUGUCGAGUAGUUUCACGCCCUUUUCGUCUCCUACACAUAUUAUACAGUCCUCGAUUCUCAUACCAAUUGACAAAAAGGCGUUAUUCAGAUAAAAAAAAAAAAAUAAAAUAAAAAAUACUCGCAACGCUUGUACCGAUUGAUCAUUAUUUUCGUGUUCUCCCCUGCUCAUUUGUAUUUGUAUAGUGCAAAAACUCACGAUUUCUACUUAGUAGCGACGCACGCGGUGCCGAAUAUUACUGUACGAGCUAAAACGCGUUUUAGAUGGCGAAGAGGAUUAUAACGAGAGAAAUGAGAAACAAUGACACGUGUAACGAGCAGUUGUAAUUACACUAUCGAGCGUAUGGACAAGUAUUAUAAUGUAAUCUGUUUGUUUAAAAUAAACUCAUCACCUACUGAAAAAAAAAAAAAAAA